GUACAACUUGGGUGCAAGGAAGUUUUUAAUUAACAAUAUUUGGCCUAUGGGUUGCACUCCGUUGUAUGCGAAUCAGUCUGACCCGUUGGCUAUUUGCUGCAACGAGAGCAUCAAUCAACUGCUGAUGCCGUUCAACAAUAGCCUCCCCACCACUCUGAUGAAGUUACAAUCUGAUUUACCCGGGUCUGUUUUCUCAAACUCCGACGACUUUCGGUUUGUUUCUGACUUGAAGUCCAACGUCGCGAAAUAUGGGAUAAGUAACACCACAGGAAGCUGCCUUUCAGAAUAUUUCGGGGGGACACCAUGUGCCGAUAGGGAUCGAUAUCUCUAUUUUGAUAUGGUUCACACCACUCAAGCUGCAAACUAUGUGUUUUCGUUGAACUGCUUCAAUGGCACGCUAUGUUCUCCUGGAAACAUCAUAAGCCUUGUUGGUGCUCAAGUAUAUUAACGUACACCAUAUAAUUGGUUUCUUAUAAAAUGGUAGUAUUAAGUUAGUGUUUUAGUUUAUCAACUGAAAUUGUACCCGGUUUCUUAAUUUUGAGGGGCUAGUUAACUUUGUGGACUGAUCAGAUUUCUGAUAACUGCCUCCCUGCUGCCUGCUCGGUUUGGUAUGUAAUGGUUUUAGUUGGU